CUCCGGUCAAGGAUCAAUACAACACCUCCCUUAUAAUCUCCUCUGCAAGCUCUGCUUCCAUUUCCAACCGCAAUGGCUGCAAGGAGAACCAUUCUUCUCGCCAUGGCUGCCAUGGUCAUCCUGAGCACGGCGUCUGCGGCAAUCUACAAUGUGGGCGAGCCGGGCGGCGCAUGGGACCUCAGCACCAACUACGGCACUUGGGCGUCCUCUAGAAACUUCCAAACCGGCGACCAGAUCGUCUUCAAGUACUCCACCCAGGCACACGACGUCCUCGAGGUCAGCAAGGCCGACUAUGACUCAUGUAGCACCGCCAGCCCCGUCACCACCUUCAACUCCGGGAAUGAUGUUGUUACCCUCGCCGCCACCGGCACCCGCUACUUCAUCUGCGG